AUGCUUCAAAUCUCGCUUUUUGCUUUGUUUGCGUCCUUAUGCCUCGCAACUCACAAGGUGCCAAGUCCCAGAAACAUAACCGACAUUGAAAAUGCAUAUCAAGGCAUCUACUGGAAGACCGCUCUCACUGAAUGUGGUGGUAAACGCUUUGAUAUAUUGGUUGAGUCUACUCGGAUGAUGCUAGAGUUGACCAAGAGAACUACCAAGCCCAUGGACACGCCAGGAUGGCAGCGUUUCUUCGUCGCAGAUCCCGCGGGAGCGGAAGGGUGGGCUUCCGAGAAGCAUCGGGCUGACUACCUCCAAGUUCAUAACGUCAUGACUCAAGUCAAUAUGUUCCCUCGCCUAGGCAAGGUCGGCAAAGAUAAUAAGAAGCGGGACAAUCAGGUUACCUAUCGCUGCCCGUCUGGGUUCAAUUCUCGUUGCUAUACCGAACCGGGACUGGUAACGUUCAAUGCAAGAAAUAGGCACAGAUGGGAAAUACACUUCUGUAAUGAUUUCUUUCGCCAGAAGUACCUGAAUGAUAUAACAAAUGGCGAGAAGAGGUCUGCUAAAAGCUUACCUGACCUGGUUAGCUACGAGUACACGCUGGCCCAUGAAUGGACUCACAUAGAUCUUCUUGGGUCAUCGUUCCAUGGUCAACCGUUCUUGCAUGGUACCGGGGGAGUCUCCCAAGCGUCGGCGUUAACGGAUAACUACGCCUGGUUCUGGACCAACAAUUGGUUCAACGAAAAGUGGGAUUGGAAGGAUAACGGAUUGGAUCCCCGAUGGGGCCCUGACAACUCGAACGCCCCUGGUGGCCCCCAAUACGUGUCCGAGCCUGGGUCUGGAUUCUUAAUGCCGAACGAGACCCAACCCAAUGAACAGAAAAAUUGCCAUGCCGGCAAUGAUCCCUGCGAGGUGUUCUGUGACUAUCUUGGAGAGCCCUAUAGCGAGUGGCUCAAGGAUCGCGGGAAACCCUUCACUUCUGAGGGUGGUUGUGAGCUGACGAAGCAAUGUUGGCACUCAGUGAGUGAAUAUGCGAUUGAUCCGGCUUGCGACUGUAAAUGUGACGGUGAAAAACUCCACUGUCUGAUCCCAAGUGUGCUGGGUUCCGGGGAGGUCCUCCUGGAAGUCAUCCACAUGCUUAGUUGA